AUGAACCCCGUCGGCUACGUCAACGACUACGAGCAGUGGGCCCAGGACGCCAACCGUGGCCAGACCAUUCGUCUGGCUUCGGCUGCUGCUGCUGCUGCUACCGCCGCCGCUGCCGCUGCUGCACCCAAGCCUGCGCCUGAGGCUGUUGAGGCUGCUCAAGCUCAGCAACUGAGUGGUACACAGGUUGACGGUGACCGCGACCGCUACCACACCUACUAUUACCGCCCCCGCUCCGACUCCUCCAUCAACAGUAGCUACUACUACGCGUGGCCUCGCAACUACGGCUACUACUAUGGUGGUCCGGGCUACCACAACACCCCCUACAGUCACGAGCACAACUGGUACGGCCGUACUGCGAGCGAAGUCUAUCAGGACAAUGUGGCGUACGUUAUGCAUCGCCGUGGUAUGGCCCCCCGCCGUGGUGACCAGGAGAUGGUCCCGCGUGAUCCGCGCGAUGACCAGAUGUUCUACGUGAGGGAGCUUGAUGGUCAAUGGACUCUGCGCUCCUUCGCUACCAUCGAGAACGAUCUUCGUCCUGGCUACUGGGACACCCACCAGGGCAGGGCCUACUUCGUUCGCACUCGCGAGUAG